AUGCAGCUUGAAGAGACGAUUGCGCAGUUAAAGGAGGAGCUACACGAGUCCGCGCACUUGGGUGUAGAGGAGUGCAGACAGGCAAAUGAUCUGAAGCGGCGAAACGCUGAGCUGGAGAAAGAGCUCCAGGAGAUCAAGACUUUCUCGCCCUCCAGCGCCGGAAGUGCCAGCGAUUGGAGAUGGGUCGACGAUCGGCGAAGCCUUCGAAAGCGCGCCAGCGCCACCAGCAGCGAAGGUGGUCUGCCAGGGGGCUUGAGGAAGAAAGCCAUGGCGGCCCAGUUCGACGAAGACCUGGACGAGUUCAUGCGGGAGAACGCGGAGCUUAAAGAGCAAGUUUCUCGUGCGGAGAAAGCGAAGCGGGAGUUGGAAGAGAAGCUCCGUGAAGUGGAAAUGGAAAAGCCGGUGGCCAAAAGCAGCCCUCCAGCAGGCCAGCUGAAGGUGGGACUACAGGUUCAGCACAAGGCCAGGGAGAUCAACUGGGAGAAGAUGAGGGAAGAGUUGAGACAAGAGGUCGAGACCGAGAAGCUCCAAGUCACGGCUCUGAAAGAUGACGUGAAGAAGAUCCGCAAGCAGGCCGCAGUCAAGGAGGAGAAGUUCUACCAGGAGCUUCAGGAAGAGCGGGCCAGCCGAAUGGACGAGUUCCAAGAUGCACAGCGCUCGCACGAGCAGGACCUGAAGCGCUUGAGGAAAGACCUGGAGGCCGCGCGCUUUCAGCUGCUGGCGACGAAUUUCCGAGGCUCUCCUGGCCUCGCUCCGCCCUCCCCUGGGGGAGAGAGGCUCAACAGCAUCCUCAGCGCUCGAAGCGAUGAUGGCGAACCUUCCCCUUUCGACUUCGACACAGGUACUGGUAAUGCCAGCUUGGCAGAUGAGCUCUCCGGCCAUUUUCAGUGGCCUAUGGGCCAGGAUGCCCUGCAAUAUCGGCUCCCGGAAGAGAUCAACGAGCUUCGCCUGGAGUUGCAGCAGAUGCAGUAUGCGCAAGAAGGUGGUGCAGAAGCCGAGCAGGCUCUCGUGUACGCCAAGGCCGAGUUGAAGGCUGAAGCAGAGGAGGUAAGGGGGCUGCGCAAGGAGUUCGAAUCCUUUGAGCAAAGAUCGGCACGUGCUCCUAAAGCGGGAGCGGCAGAGGCCGACGAAGAAGUACAAGCGAUGCUGAGCGAGGGCAUCAGGCGACAAAGCGAGCUGGAAGGCAAGCUGCAAACACAGUGCCAGGAGAUUGCUUCCAUGAAGGCAGCUUUGGGCGAUAAAGCUUCUCUGCUUGACAAGGAAGCCGAGUUGCAAGACCUCCAUGGUAAGCUGAAGCCGCAUGGCGGAAUUGCCAAAGUCCUGCAGUCCGUCAAGGAACUCGGCACCGUGCAGCAAGAGGUCUCGUCGAUGCGGAAAGCAGCCGCUGAUGCGGAGCGUUUCAAGGCCGAGGUGGCUGAGCUCAAGCGCGGCGCAAGAAAGGAGGCGCCAAAGUCCUCCUCCGAGCUGAAGGAGCUGAAACGUGAGUUACACGAACUGGAGAGGUGGAAAGCCGAUUUCGAAGGCUCCCGCGAGGCUGCGGCCCGUGAGACAGAAGAGGUGCAGCAGGCGAAGCCACAGGGCCGGGACUGCCGCAAGUGGACGGGAAGUGUUGGGCAGAUGGCGAUCUGGUACCGGCGAGAAGAUGUGCUUUGCAGUGGGCAGCUGCUUGAGUUCAAAGCUGGAUCCAGGGUGCGGAAGAGCUGCGCCAAGUGCCAUUCGCACAUCCUGACCAGCCUCCCACGAGCGGGUUUGGUUGAGGUUUGCGUGGGAUCUGCGGCCGAAAUAUCUCUGAACGCACACUUCUUCUAUGUGACCCCUCUCAUAGACUUCGGGGACGAGGUGCCGAAGUUCGUCGACUUCCCAGCUUCCCUCGGGGGCUCGGGCGUACGGGCCGAAUCCUGGGAUUUACAUCCGGACGUCACGCAGGCGUUCCAUGGGAAGUGCCUCUGUGGCUCGGUAAUCGUAGCAGUCUCCGGAGAGCCGAAAAUGACUGCUUUCUGCCACUGCUUGGAGUGCCAAAAAUGGACCGGAAGCAGCGGCCACUUUGCCGUGAUCUUCGACGAAGCUUUGGUGCAGAUAGCCGGGGACUUGAAGACAACAAGCGAUGGCCACAGAAACUGUGCCAAGUGCUUGGCCUGCAUCGCUUCCACCCAUUGCGCAAAAACACCUGGCCUCUUGCAAAUCUGCGGUGGUAUCUUGAACUCCCCCCCCCGACUUCAAGGGCAUUGGAACUAUGGACAGCGAGUGCUGUCCGUCAGGGACGGCAUGGCGAAGUUCAAGGAGUUCCCGGCAGAGUUCGGGGGUUCCGGCGCUGUCCUUGGAGAGGAAGCUGCCCCAUACGUGGUCACCAUCCAGCGCAAGGACGAGGAUUUGGGCUUGGAGCUUUCUUUCUCUGACCGGAAGUGCCGAGUCCUGAAAGUUCGACGGCACAGUCUGAUCCAUGAAUGGAACCAGAGCUGUGCCUCCGAUUCCAUGGUUUGCAUCUACGACAGACUCAUAUCCAUCAACGGUAUGAUGGCAACCAUACGCGAGGAAAGAGAACAACUUGGACGAGCGACUGGCAAAAUAGUGCUAAUCUUCGCCAAGUUCCGAUACUUCGAGUAA